AUGGAAGCUUCGUAUCUGGAUGUUGAUGAUUCACGUUAUCUACCAUGCGGACUUUCGGUAAAGGACAUCAAGGCUCUUGGAGACUUCCCAGACUACGCCACGCUCAGCGGCGUACCACACCCCUCAUCCUACCUAGAGUUCGACAUAAAGAAAGCACUGCCUAGGCCUUAUCGACCACUUCGAUGGGCUUAUCAUCAGACUAUGUCAAUCACCAAGAUGCAAACCGACUGGUGGAUCGAGCUUGAGAAUACGUAUGAAGAGCGCAUCAAGCAACGUCAAACUUUGUUCGAAAAGCAUGGCGAAGCCGUCCUUCAAGCACUUCCAGGGUCAGAACUAGCAUGCAAGGAGCUAAUGGAGAUGGUGCUACAGUUCCUCUGCGCAAGAUACCCUCAGUACUUCUGGCUUUCGAACAACAAAAAGACCUUUCGCAACAGCAUACUACACACUGAUACAGAUCUCACGACUACUCCACCGUUGCACGUUUUACUGAACAAUGUCCCCGAAGACUUUGCCAUCUUGUUGCGAAACGAGAAGACUGGGCUCUACGUAUUCCGGGCAGGCAUCAUCUGCAGUGCAUUGGGCUGGAAUGUCGGCUCGAAGAUUGGGCUCAACCUAUCAGGCAUCCACGAUCCAAUCCCCGAUUACAAAGAAAAGAUGCAGUUCUCCAUGGACAGGUGCGCGCAUACAUGUACUUUGCCAAAAAGCCUACGGAUAAACCAAUUCAACGCGGCUCCUGGGGUCUGGAAGUCGACCAACCGCUCUACAUGCCUCCUGGAGACCCCCACGAAGCACACCGCUCGCGACAGGAUCCUGCGCUUGAACUUUCUCGUUGUCACCUUCGCGUAG